AUGAACGGUCCCACGAAUGGCUCAGCCAAUCUAAGGCCAUACUACGACCACGAUACGUUUAAUGCCGGCUACUCCGUCAUAUACAAGCCUGGCGUUGGUCUCGUUGACCCCCUGGACGGAAAGCGCCUAGCCGCCACCUUGUUCGAGGGCCUGGGGCCUGGCAAAGGUAUAGGACUCAGAGGCGCCAACAGUGGAGGCGGGCUAGGUGCUACUGGCGGUGCCAUCAAUGCCAAUUCCAGUGCUGCUGGGUUGGGCGGGAAGAACUACGCCUACGACUUGGAAAUACAGGAGUACUUUGACGUGAGCAACUUGACGGAAUUGUUGAAGAACUUGGUGUGGAGCUUUGUCAGGAACUACUCCAAGGCAUUAAUGAGUCAGCCGCUCGAGUUGGUUCGGUUGGUGUUGCAGGUGGGCCAGUUUGGCAAGGCAGAGUCCAAGAGCGUUCCCACAGCAGUACUGGACGAAUCGGACUCCGAGUACGAAAUCAACUACUUCCAGACGGCGGGCGAAGCGGCCGAGGUUAACGAGUGGUCCACGCCGUCCAUGGCAUCGUCUCAGGGCGAAUCCCAAAAGUUGUCCCGCAGCCAGCGCCACAAGCCCAAGCCAACCAAGAAGAUCCAGCCUACAUCCACCCACACCAUCGACGUGCUCAGUGCUAUGAUGACUGCCGAGGGCCCCAUGGCUUUGUUCCGAGGUGUCAAUGCCACCUUCAUCUUCCUGACUCUUUCGCACACCAUCGAGGCCUGGAUCACCGGGUUGGUGUCACCAUUCCUUGGAAUCCCCGACCCUUUCUUCCUUGACUUGACCCAUCUGCCCGACCCCUGGAAGCUGUUGUUACUACUGGUUGGUGCAUGCGUUGCUACGGGCUUGAUUCUUAUGCCGUUGGACUUGAUUCGCGUCAAGUUGAUGGUGACCCACUUUGGUAGCAAGAGCACCCGUUCCGUCAGAGAGCUGCUCCGCAACUUUCCUCCAUUGGCACCUCCUCCACAGGUGGUGGUCUUGACCACUUUGCACCAGCUCCUGGCCAGUGUGUUCCGCCGUGCUGCCCCAUACAUUCUUUUCAUCCGCUACAACAUCGACCUGUACAAUUCGCCAGGAGUGUACACUGUGAUGAAUUUGGGGGCCUUGCUCAUGGAAUUCUUCAUCAAAUUGCCAGUGGAAAAUGUGUUGAGAAAGGAACAAGUGCGGUGGUUGCUCAGCAACAAGAACGAUCCUCGCGGGGUGGUAACCGUCACUGAAGACGACUUGGUUGUGCACAGCGAGGGCGACGACUUUGGGUCUGCGGAUGUCAAUGUCUACACUGCAGCUGGGGCCCGUAUUGUGGUGGGCAACCUCUACAACGGAUGGAGGGUAGGGCUUCUCAACCUUCUUGCGGUUUGGGGAUAUGCCCUUGUGAACACCAAUACCACCGACCCCGAGCGGUUAUAA